AGAGGCGUCUGAUCAUCGAUUGCGUGCAAGAAGCUAUAUCAAAAGGCCACGGGAGGAGUAUCAUGAUCAUCUUGUGAGUGAUUAUUUCUCGGAUAAUCCUCUCUAUCCGCCCAAUAUUUUUCGUCGAAGAUUUCGUAUGCGAAUGCCAUUAUUCCUACACAUUGUCGAUGAAUUGGGCAAGUGGUCAGGAUACUUCACUACAAGGGUGGAUGCACUUGGUCGGCAAGGACUGACAGCACUACAAAAGUGCACGGCGGCUAUUCGCCAAUUAGCUAAUGGUAGUGCGGCGGAUCAUCUAGAUGAGUCUCUAAAGAUUGGCGAGACUACUUCCAUGGAGGCGAUGAAGUACUUUGUUGAGGGUGUUAUAGCUGUAUUUGGUGAACGAUAUUUGAGACGCCCCACUAAGGAAGAUGCUGAGCGUCUACUCAAGAUUGGAGAGAGACGAGGUUUUCCUGGUAUGUUUGGCAGUAUUGAUUGUAUGCAUUGGCAAUGGGAGAGAUGUCCAACUGCAUGGAAGGGCCAAUUCACUCGGGGUGAUCAGAAAGUCCCAACGAUAAUUCUUGAGGCCGUGGCAUCACAUGAUCUUUGGAUUUGGCAUGCAUUCUUCGGAGUUGCAGGUUCUAACAAUGAUAUAAAUGUCCUGCAGCAGUCCCAUCUAUUUAUGGAAGAACUAAAGGGACAAGCUCCAAGAGUACAAUACAUGGUUAAUGGAAAUCAAUAUAACACAGGUUACUAUCUUGCGGAUGGGAUAUACCCGGAAUGGGCUGUUUUUGUGAAGUCAAUAUCCAUGCCUAUCUCCGACAAGGACAAGUUAUAUGCACAGGAACAAGAAGGAAAGAGAAAGGAUAUCGAACGCGCAUUUGGAGUAUUGCGUCGUCGAUGGAGCGUCUUGAAAAAGCCAGCUCGCCUAUACGAUCGUGGUCAACUUGAGAAAGUGGUGCUAGCUUGUAUCGUCCUUCACAAUAUGAUUGUUGAAGAUGAAAAAAAAGUAGAGGACAUUGAAGAGAAUCUUGAUCUAAAUGAAGCCCCUAGUAUAGUGACCGUGCAAGAACCCGAAUUCUCCCCCGAAGACUAUGUUCCAUUUGAAAGGGUGCUACAAAACGAAGAAGAUAUUCGAGAUCGUUCGGCUCAUAUACAACUUAAGAAGGAUUUGGUGGAGCACAUUUGGAACAAGCACAGGCGCCGUCGAAAUUAAUCUGCAAAUCCAUGGUAAGCACUGAUUUAUCCUAUUCACGAGUAGCAUGCUGCCCUGAUCCAAGUAGUAUUUGAGAACAUGAAUACUGCCCUGAUCCUAUUCACAAAGUUUUUAGUAGCCUAAAUUACUAGUAUUUGAGAACAUGAAUACUGGCUCCAAGUAGUCAAACCAAUGCCAUAGGUGCUGUAAAGUGGUAAGAACUCGGACUCAACACGCAGAAAAGCAGUGCUCUUGUUAACUGAA